GAACAAAACCAACGAUGGGCCCAAAGAUGCCCAACAUAAAACAAAUAUGAAAAUAUUAGUCACCGGCUCUACUGGUUACUUAGGCGCACGACUGUGCCACGCUCUCCUCCGUCGCGGCCACUCUGUACGCGCCUUGGUCCGCCGCACCAGCGAUAUCUCUGACUUACCUCCAGAAGUUGAGCUCGCCUACGGAGACGUAACAGACUACCGUUCUCUAACGGAUGCUUGCUCCGGUUGCGAUAUCGUUUUCCACGCUGCGGCUUUAGUUGAGCCUUGGCUUCCUGAUCCAUCUCGAUUUGUCAAAGUCAACGUUGGUGGACUCAAGAACGUUUUGGAAGCUGUUAAGGAGACGAAAACAGUGCAGAAGAUUAUCUACACUUCUUCAUUCUUCGCCCUUGGGUCUACCGAUGGAUCUGUUGCUAAUGAGAAUAAAGUUCAUAGUGAGAGGUUCUUCUGCACUGAGUAUGAGAGAUCCAAGGCUACUGCUGAUAAGAUUGCUUUGAAUGCUGCAUCUGAAGGUGUGCCGAUAAUUUUGCUGUAUCCUGGUGUUAUUUAUGGUCCAGGCAAGCUCACUACAGGCAAUAUGGUUGCUAAAUUGUUAAUCGAGCGCUUUAACGGGAGAUUACCGGGAUAUAUUGGCUCUGGGAAUGAUAGAUACUCCUUCAGCCAUGUUGAUGAUGUAGUGGAGGGUCAUGUUGCUGCAAUGGAAAAAGGUAGGCUUGGUGAAAGAUACUUACUUACUGGGGAAAAUGCUUCUUUCAAGCUUGUCUUCGACAUGGCUGCACUGAUUACCGGAACCAAAAAACCAAACUUUAGCAUUCCAUUAUGGGCAAUCAACGCAUACGGAUGGUUAUCUGUUCUAAUCUCUCGGGUUACAGGAAAGCUUCCACUUAUCAGUCCUCCGACAGUGAAAGUGCUGAGACAUCAAUGGGCAUACUCUUGUGACAAGGCUAAGCUGGAACUUGGUUAUAACCCUCGAAGCCUAAAGGAAGGAUUGGAGGAGAUGCUCCCUUGGUUGAAGAGUUUGGGCGUCAUUCAAUACUGAAAUUAAAAUUUCCCAUCUUUC